UAUACAACAUUUUAUACUAACUCGCGUUUUUAUAUAAGAAUUCUGCACAUAAAUUAUAAAUUAAAAUAAACCAUCAACAUAAAUUCGUGACGUCAUCGAUUGGUCAAUGGAGGAGUUCCUGUCGACUGUCAAACUGAUUAUUUAACCAAAUUUAGAUGCAUUUAGUCCUCUCGGCCAAGUAGACGCGGACACAACCCACAGCUUUGAUAAUCUAUCUCAACUAUCGACUUAUAGGCUGGUAGCAACCACAGGCACAGAACAAGCUUAUCCUUCCUUAGAGCUAAUUGAAGCGCCACUGUACAUACCACUGGGCCGCCACGAUCGGGUCCUAUUGAAGCACCAACUAGCAGACCAAAAAAAAACAGAAUGUCGGGCAUACCUGCCAGUGGGUCCGAGGAGGACAUGAGGAGUGAGCUCUCAAACCUUCAGUUCCAGGCUAACAAAGUCACAGACGAGUCUCUGGAGAGCACUCGUCGGAUGAUGGCGCUUUGUGAGGAGAGCAAAGAAGUGGGUAUAAAGACAUUGGUAAUGUUGGAUGAACAAGGCGAGCAACUGGACCGUAUAGAGGAAGGCAUGGAUCAGAUCAACGCAGACAUGAAGGACGCUGAGAAGAACCUCGAAGGCAUGGAGAAAUGCUGUGGGCUCUGUGUUCUUCCAUGGAAAAAAGCUAAGAAUUUUGAGAAGAGCAGUGAUUACAAUAAAACUUGGAAAUCUUCUGAGGAUGGCACUGUAAACACUAAUGGGCCCCGUGUGAUAGUGGACCAAGGGAAUGGCGUGGGGCAGACAGGGGGGUAUAUCACGAGGAUCACAAACGAUGCACGCGAGGAUGAGAUGGAACAGAACCUUGGCGAGGUGAGCGGCAUGCUGGGAAAUCUGCGCAACAUGGCCGUCGACAUGGGCAAUGAGCUCGGUGCUCAGAACAGACAGCUUGACCGCAUCAACCAGAAGUCAGAGUCAAAUGAAGAGAGGAUCAAAGAGGCGAACACUCGAGCUCAUAAACUUCUCAAGGCCUAGGCACCAACCCAUUUGCUACAUUAAAUGGGAGAUUCACUGAAUACCAGGGUAGACACAGCCAACAAAAGAGCGAACAGAAUAUUGCGAGAACAGUGAGGGUGGUUAACUGGACCUGUGCACGGUGCCACUUUUUGAAGAUAUAUCAUCGUAAAAAAUGCUCUAUAUUUUGUAGUUUUAGAAUUGGUACACAAAUCUGCAUCAGUGAAUUACUUAUGGACAGAAUAUGGUUUUUACAAGAGGAUGUAAAUUCAAAAUGCUAGUGCAAAAUAAUUGAUUUUGUAUUUAAGCUUCAACUCAUAGACUCAACAGAAGUUUAACACACCAAAUGCAAAUGGUUUUAAUUGCUAUUCAUCAAAGUAAAAGUAAAAUUAAAGAACUUUAACUUUGGCUAUGAUUAUAGAUUGAAGAAUUCAUUCCAAAAUAUAUAAAAAACAAGAAAGAUCAUCCUUGCUUACUCUACUAUGGGAAUGCUAAACUAUUUCAUAGAAAAUUUACAGCACUUUAAGUCUGUGGCGUGUUAAAACUUUUGCCUAGUGUAUAUGUUGUCAUGUGUUCCUUAAUUAACAAGCUCUUGAGUUGUACCCUUGUCAGGCAUCUGUCAUGUUAUGAAUAACACAAUUGGAUUAUCUUAGAGGGUUUCUCACUAUUUCAUGAAUAUAAACACAUUAUUAUAACGAUUAUGUUCAUAUGAGUGUGCAUGUGUAAGGACUUAACAUGCAUAUAUGCCCAUUCUUGCUGCUGAUGGUAAUUUGGAAAUAGUUUAAGACCCCCAAAGAGCUACAAGUAAGAAGAAAGAAAGAAGUGCAAAAUUUGAUUUUAAUAUUGCUGGAAAUAAGUUAUAUUGUCUUCUUUCAUAUAAAAAAAAAUUUUGUGAAGAAAUUUCUUCAGUUACUAUUUCUCAAUGUCUUCAGAAUGACUGGCUUCUUAUUAACAAGCAUGCAGACUAUAAGAUUAACAAUUUUGACGAUAGUGUGGUCAAUAUAUUGCUUACUUUUCAAUCUUCUUUACAUCAUCCCAUGUUGUAAUAUGUCAUCUUGGGAAAGGAAUAUCAGAGAAACAUGAAACUUUGACAUGCAUGAAUAUCAUAAUGUACUGCCUAUGUGUCCUGAAAUCCCAGCUGUGUUAAACCUGUUUUAACUGGAACAGAAGUAUACAUAAUCCUUGGAUAGAAGGUGAAAGGUUAGGUAGUGUAGGUUUUCUAGAAAUUUCUUUACUGUUCUUGGUAUGUGUUGUCAUUUCAUUGGUUCUAUGGUAUCAAGUGCCAAAAUGAAGUCCAUAAGCACAGCACUGUUCAUUGCAUUUAUAUGUUAUAAAUUGAGACAAAUCAUGGUCGUAGAUUAAUAGUUGUUGACAUUGCAGAUUCAGUGGCAACAGAUUUGAAAUAUGCUGAUGAGCUGAGUAUAAAUGAGUCGUGUUCUGAGAAAACUGGGCAAAAUGCAUGUGUGUAAAGUGUUGUCCCAGAUUAGCCUGUGCAGUCCGCACAGGCUGAUCAGGGACGACACUUUCUGCUUUUAUGACAUUUUUCGUUUAAAUGAAGUCCCUUCUUUAGCAAAAAUCCAAUUUAGGCGGAAAGUGUCGUCCCUGGUUAGCCUGCGCGGAUUGCACAAGGCUAAUCAGGGACGACACUUUACACACAUGCAUUAUGCCCAGUUUUCUCAGAAAACAACUCAAAUAAUACUGCUUGAAUUAAGAUGUAUUAUUGUGAAAUAUAAAUAAUAUGCCACUUUUUGUUAUAAUGUUCAAAACACUGUUUUGAAAGUCUUUAGGUAUACUUUAAUUAUGCUAAUCAAAUAGUUUUAUUUGAAUGUUACUGAUCAAUGCUCAUUUAGAAUAUUUAAAUAUAUAAUUUCUGGAUGUCCUUUCUUAAUCAUAUAUCACAUUUAACAAGUUUAAGAAAUGACAAGUGGGAUAUGAUGUAAAAACUUUGUGUUGACAAUGUUCCCAUUUUACUAAGGUGAUGCAAAUUGUUGGCUUUGUGUCAAUUUGUUUUCAUGAACUUGUGCAAUAGCUUUGCAAGACUACAGUUAGAAGAUGAGAUCCUGUCUGAUACGGUAUUGUGCAUGAUGUGUAGAUUAUGAAAGUUAUCAAGCUUACGCUCCAGUACUCUAAUGUCAGUUUGUUCUAACUGUAGGAACAUCUUAAUGGUCAUCAUAAUUUCAUUUUUUGUAUCAUUUUUGAAUUUUGUUUCAUAAGAUGGUUUGAGAGAGACAAUAUUAUAAGCAGUUGCUUAACAAUAAUUUAAUAUAUUGGCAUCAUUCCAGAUGUAUUCACAAUUUUUAUUAAGGUUUCUCAACAUUAUUGUUUUGCUAUUUUUGUGAAGGGGAUAAUUACUAUUGGUCCUCCACAAGUGUAAAUACUCAUUAUUCUGCUUUAAAUUUGUAUUUAAAUAUUAUAUUUUAUCUUCAUGAAGUAAUAAUAUUUGGAGAAAACACUAUUCUUAGUGUGUUUGCCCUAUGAUUAACCCUUUCAGUGCGGGAACCGAAUUUUGAAGGCCUUUGCAAACAGUUUGGAUCCAGAUGAGACGCCACAGAACGUGGCGUCUCAUCAGGAUCCAAACUGUUUGCUAUUCUGAUAGUAUUCUUUGAAAAAAAAUCGAAGAAAAUGCUAAUUUUAGAAAUUUAGCAGACAACAUUUUAGCAGACAACAAAUUUCCCAGCAUGCAAAGGGUUAUGUCUGUUUUAAGAACACAAAUGAUAUUAACUUUAAGGAACAUUUGAAGUAAAAUAUUUACUCCACAUUUGAAUGAAGAAUGCUUUUUAUAUUUGUCUAAAAUUGACAAUAAGCCUAAUGACAGUAUAAUUGAUUAUCUGUUAAAAUCAUAUCAUAGAUAUUAUAAUGCAUAUCUAUCAUACAAUUUAAUUUAAUUGUGUGCAUUUGUAAGAAUGACACUUCAUGGCUAGGGUUAAUUCUUUUUACUACAACAAAGAAUGCUUAAUGUAAAUUUGACUACAUACAUUGUUUAUAGUGUACAUUUUUUUUCCUCUGAAGACUGGGACCAAGUUUUGUGUGCAAGUAUUUUUGCUUUCCUAAAACUAUCUCUAUCAACUAAAUUCUUUUUCUGUUGUUUAGUUAUUUUUUCAAAGAAAGAAUAAGAUUUACCACCCGCAAGAAUGCCUCUUAAAAACAGGGAAAUAUUUUAAAAACAUACUUAAACAUGCUGGAUACAUAAUCGCAUCGGUCCAGGCUGUUCAUAUAAAGACAAUGUUCGCUAAUGAAUGACUUGAUCUAGAAAGAUUUUUUCUAAGAAAAAGCAUUAAUGAAACAACAACACUUUUUUUGAGUCCAUGCGAGUCAUCUGGGUUCAAGAUUAAUCACAAGCGCAUUCUGAAAAGUAUCAAGUGUGGUAACCACUAUCAAAUUUAGUGUGAAAGUUAUACAAUAUUUUAGUAUAAAAAAUGUAUUGGCUGCAAAAUAUGAAAUAUGAUCAUUACUGUAUGGGCAUUGUAGAUUUUGCAUAUGACUGAUGAACAGUUUUUAACUUAUUUUAUAUCAUCAUAUUAUGUAUUAAGUAUGUAUGUUUUGAUUGUAUGAACUGAAAAGUUUUCAUUAAAUAUAAUUGAAUCUUAAA